AUGUCAUCGAAAUCAUCGGCUAAGAAGAAACAGGCUCCGACAGCUGACCCAUCAUCUCAAUCAACCACCAAGAAGGUAAAAAUUCCCAAAUCAUUCAUCGUUCGUCCGCACUUAUCAUCUACUAAACUCAAGACCAUAGCCAAUGUCUACUUGAAUCUGGAAGUUUUUGAAGCUUUAGAGUUGAAACCAAAAGACUUUGUGUAUGUGAAUCAACUCAAUGGGCUGCCCGGUGUAAUAGCUGUUGCUGUACCGUCUGACGAUAUAUCAAGGAAGAAUGUUGUCGCUCUAUCGCAUAGCUAUAGACAACUCAGUGGUUUGCUUUUAGGAGAUAGAGUCAACAUUGAGAAAUUCAAUGGACAGCCACCUUAUGCUCUGACAGUGACCAUACAUGGAGAUAGCGAAUCAAUACCUGUCUUGGAAGACGUUGGGUUAAUUUAUCCAGGUUUGCAGAUUGGCAACGGCGACAACAAACUCACAGUGAUAGACGUACAAGGUGAUAUAGACGCCAGGUUGAACAAAUUGUCUAUAUCUGACGAAGACAACGGCCCGAUACGAACAGUUUCGCCCGCAUACAUCUACACACCACAAGCUACAAUCGAGAAAACUGACGAAACAUCUCCCUCCAUUACGAAAUAUCCACUUUUACCGCGUCCACCUUGCUUUUCACAAGUGGGCGGGCUUGCAAAGCAAAUCAGCCUACUCAAGUCAAACAUUGGACUUCCCUUGCAUAACCCUACGCUAUUUUCUGAUUUCGGCAUUUCACCUCCCAGAGGUAUAUUGCUCCAUGGCCCACCAGGAACUGGAAAGACAAUGCUUCUUCGAAGCGCCGCAAACGAUAUAGAUGCACACGUUUUGACAAUAAAUGGUCCUUCCAUUGUCUCCAAGUACUUGGGAGAAACUGAGGGUGCAAUUCGUGAGAUAUUUGAAGAGGCUUCACAAUUUCAACCAUCGAUUAUCUUGAUGGAUGAGAUUGACUCGCUUGCUCCAUCGCGUAAUUCGGACGAUUCUGGAGAGACAGAAAGUCGUGUUGUUGCUACACUAUUGACGAUGAUGGAUGGAAUGGAUAACAGCGGGCGGAUAGUCGUUGUUGGUGCUACAAAUCGACCAAAUGCAAUCGACAUAGCUUUGCGUCGACCUGGUCGAUUUGAUCAAGAAAUUGAAAUCGGUAUCCCCGAUGUUGAGGCAAGACAAGAUAUCCUACAGAAACAGUUUGAUAAAAUGAACAAGGAAAAAUACGAUUUAACUGAGGAGGACAUCGCGCUUGUGGCAACAAAGACUCACGGUUACGUUGGGGCUGACUUGACAGCUUUGUGCCGAGAGGCGGUAAUGAAAGCUAUCAAUAGAGGAUUGGCUAGUGGUGUAGUACUGCAAAAGGAUAUCAAAAUGAAUUUGAACGAUGUGCUUGAAGCUUUAGGUGAAGUAAGACCUUCUGCUAUGCGAGAAAUUUUCUUGGAAAUGCCAAAGGUGUACUGGUCUGAUAUUGGUGGACAAGAGGACUUGAAGAGAAAACUCGUUGAAGUCGUCCAGCUACCGUUGGAAGCGUCAGCGUCAUUUGCAAAAUUAGGUGUUAGUGCCCCCAAGGGAGUGCUUCUAUAUGGUCCGCCUGGCUGUUCCAAGACCCUAACAGCAAAGGCACUUGCAACUGAAUCAGGACUCAAUUUUUUGGCAAUCAAAGGUCCAGAAAUCUUCAACAAAUACGUGGGUGAAAGUGAACGAACAAUUCGGGAAGUUUUCCGCAAAGCUCGUGCAGCUGCUCCAUCGAUUAUAUUCUUGGAUGAAAUCGACGCCAUUGCCAGUGACCGCGAUGGCGAUGGCGAUGGCGAUGGAGGAGGAACCACUGCCUCGAAAAAUGUCUUGACUUCAUUGUUGAACGAGAUUGACGGUGUGGAGGAGUUGAAAGGGGUUGUCAUUGUUGGUGCCACUAAUAAACCAGCAGAUAUAGAUGCGGCAUUGCUCAGACCUGGUAGGUUGGACAGACACAUAUACGUGGCUCCGCCGAAUUAUGAAGCGAGAUUGCAAAUAUUGACCAAAUGCUGUCGUAAAUUUGAUUUAGUUGACGUUGAUUUGUCACAAUAUGCUAAACUCACUGAGGGUUGUUCAGGUGCUGAAGUCACGUUGUUAUGUCAAGAGGCGGGGUUGAAUGCAAUCAUGGAAGAUCGCAAUGCGCAACAUGUUGAAAACAGACAUUUUGAACAUGCUUUACGAGAAAUCACUCGUGGUAUUACACCAGAGAUGUUGCUGUAUUACGAACAGUUUUCUAAAAGGGCAGGAUUAAAUCUAUAG